AUGCUUUCAAAGAAACUUCUUCAACCAUGCUCAGAAGGAAACCUCAAUGAAAUCAAAUUACUAAUAAAUAGUGCCAGCGAUAGCGAAAUAAAGUCUAUAAGCACCCCACUCAUUGCAGCAGUGUGCAAGGGAAAUCUUGAAGUUAUUAAUUAUCUUAUCUCUAUUGACGCUAACAAAAAUGCAAAGGAUAAAAGUGGAAAUAGUCCACUAAUUGUUGCAUCAUCUAAUGGCCAACUUGAAGUUGUUAAAUAUCUUAUCUCUGUUGGAGUAGAUAAAGAGUCAAAGAAUAAAAAUCAAAAAACUCCCCUCAUUUGUGCAUCAAAAAGGGGUCAUCUUGAAGUUGUUAAAUAUCUUCUCUCUGUUGGGGCUAAUAUAAACGCAGAAAGUAUAGGUGGAAAUGCUCCUCUGAGUUGGGCAGCAUACUUUAAUCAUCUUGAAGUUGUUAAAUAUCUUAUCUCUGUUGGAGCUGAUAAAGAGGCAAAAUGUAACAAAGGAAAAACUCCAAUCAUUUGGGCAUCAAUGAGAGGUAAUCUUGAGAUUGUUAAAUAUCUGAUAUCUGUUGGAGCUAAUAAGGAUGCCAAAGAUAAUUCGGGAGAUACUGCACUCGCAUGUGCAACAAAAGAUCGUUAUUUUAAAAUUGUUAAUUAUCUUCUCUCUGUUGGAGCUCAUAAAUAA